CAAUACUCAUGCAAGUAGCCUUGUGGGUGCACUAUUUUAAAAUUUCCAAACCUUCAGUCGAUGCAUUAUCUCUCUCCUCUCUGAAAUUUUCCAAUUUAAUAAAAUCAACCACUGUUCUUGUACAGCAAUUAAGAAUCUUUCUCCCCUCACUGAUUACCUAUAUCAUUUAUCAAAUCAUGUACAGCUUGAUUCCUUCUUUUCUUCCUUUCUUUAAACCUUAAACAAAUCACAAUAAAACGAGCCACAUACAGAGAUAUUAGAUGCGGCACUGGAGCACGCCACAGGGAACACCUAGAACAAACCAAAACGAAGACCAGCCAGAACGAAGCCAUCUCCCUGCCGGGCCCCGCCACCUCAACCCCAUAUAUAACCUCCAACUCCCUCCAAAGUCCCGAAAGAUUACAAAACAAAGGACACCGUUCUCCACCCUCCCCACCGCCCAAAAAACCACCACCCAUGCUCUCCGGCCACCCUUAAUUCUCCCAAGUUCCACUCCCAAUGCCUCCUCCCUCCAAUCCCUCCCUCCUCCUCCUCGUCUUCUUAUCGAUCUGGGCACUCGGCGCCGCCCAGAUGAACCAGCCGGACUCCCAGGGGAUGACGGUGUCGUUCCGGCCGAGCGUCGCCAUCGUCAUCGGAGUCUUCUCCCUCAUGUUCUCUCUCACCUUUCUUCUUCUCGUGUAUGCAAAAUUCUGCCACACCGCCGCCUCCGAGCUCUUCUCCUCCGACACCGCCGGCGUCGACCGGCCCAACGGUAAUAUUUUGUUCAACCACAACCGCUUCUCCGGCAUCGACAGGACGGUCAUCGAGUCGCUGCCCUUAUUCCGCUUCUCCUCCCUCCGCGGCGCCCGCGACGGCCUCGAGUGCGCGGUCUGCCUCUCGAGAUUCGACGACACGGAGCUCCUCCGGCUGCUGCCCCAGUGCAAGCACGCGUUCCACCUCGGCUGCGUGGACCGCUGGCUGGAGGCCCACUCCAGCUGCCCCCUCUGCCGCCGCAAGGUCUCCGUCGAGGACGCCACCCUCUUCAAGUACUCCACCAGCUCCAGAUUCUUGUUCCCCUCCUCCCGGAGAGAAGAUCCGGGCAGAGACCUGGAGCUCGAGCUCUUCGUCGAGAGGGAGCCCGGCGACAACAGCGGCCGCCACGGCUCCUCGAGAUUCAGUAUCGGAAGCAGCUUCCGGAAGAUCGAACGGAAGGAGAAGGAGAAGCUGAAUUUGCCGAUUUUGGAAGAAAGGAAUGAUGACGGGGGAGAAUUCUACCACAAGUUCAAGCAUCGAAUUAUAGUAUCGGACGUGGUGUUCAAGAGCAGAUGGAGCGAUGUGAAUUCCUCGGAUUUCAUCUCUCUCAACACCGACAUGCUGAGCUUGGCUUCCAGCAGGAGGUUCUCGGCUCUGGAUUCGGAUGCGAAUCCCCAUUUCGAAUCGAUUCCGAGAGAGAAGCGUUCCGUGGAUCAGAGCGUGUGGAAGAUUAAGGAGGAGAUGGAGAAGAAGAGGCUGCUGGAGAGCAAGGCCAGCCAGAUGAACCGGGGCCAGCCGGUGGCCGUCGGUUCGGCAUCGCACGGUGAGGGGAAUUCGGGGAGUGCUGGAUCGAGGCCUCUGGUUUCGCCCGGGAAUAAUAGAUCCAUGUCGGAGAUCACAAUCUUGUCGAGAUUUAGGGCGGUCGGAGAGCCGAGUGGGGCCCAGGAGGAGGACGUGAGGAGGCUUUGGCUGCCGAUUGCGAGACGGACGGUGCAGUGGUUCGCUGGAAGAGAGAGGAUGUCGCAGUCGCCGGGCAGUAGAGAGGUGACAAAUGUUUGAGGAUUUGCCCAAAUAGAGGCCGGAAAGCAGGAGAUCUUAUCGAUGGAGGUGGUUAAUCUUGAAUUCAUUUAGCCAAGAGAGAAAGGAAUGUGUUUUUCAUUGGAUUCCUCCUCUGGUUUUAGAGAAGCAAAAAGAAGAGAGAUCACUGAAACUUGAUUCAUACUAUUGUAUAAUCCUUGGUUUGUUGCUUGUCCGCAAGAAAAAUUUUAAUUUUAAAAAAAAAAGAAGUAAAAGAAAGAAUUGCAUGCCGCGAUUGGAUCUUAA